AUUCAUUGUAAGUAAAUGAUUGGUGUGAAAAACGUUUGGUAUAUACAAAUUAGUAAAUGGUCUCUUCUAAGGAGAAAUUCUUUUGAGUCCAAAUGUAAUACCGAAUCCAGUUGUCAACCAGAUUCCGUUUCAGCCUGGAUCUCUACCACUACCACAGCAGCACUAUUUCAAUUCUUACCAGAAAAGGGUCAACCUAUGCCUCAAACUUUAUCAUCAUCAUCGUCUCACCCAUUACUGAGCUCAACACCGUCAUCCAUGGAGUUUCAAGAAGACCCACCAACCAAAUCUUACUGGAGAUGGAGAAAGCAACAUUUUUUCCCUGAACCCACUUUUAUAAACCUUUCUACUUAUCUCUCUGCCCUCUCUCAGACCUUCCCUCGCCUGAAAGACCGCAUCUUUUCUCGCUCCACAGACACCAACGAGCUCAUCACUCUCCAAAAAGAGAGUGAGAACCCAAUGCGCAAGUGUCUCACUUGGUGGGACCUUAUGUGGCUUAGCUUCGGCUCUGUUGUUGGCUCCGGCAUCUUUGUCAUCACUGGCCAAGAAGCUAAUCGAGGUGCUGGUCCUGCUAUAGUUCUUUCUUAUGCUAUUUCAGGUCUCUCUGCUUUGCUUUCUGUGUUUUGCUACACUGAAUUUGCUGUUGAGAUUCCUGUUGCUGGUGGCUCCUUUUCUUUUCUUAGAAUUGAAUUAGGUGAUUUUAUUGCUUUUCUUGCUGCUGGUAAUAUUCUUUUGGAGGGUGUUGUCGGUGCUGCUGGCUUAGGAAGAUCUUGGUCUUCUUAUUUUGCUAGUAUGAUCAAUGCUAAAGAUUCUGACUUCUUGAGAAUUAGAGUUGACUCUUUCCCUCAUGGGUUUAAUCUUUUGGACCCAAUUGCUGUUGCUGUUCUUUUGGCGGCUAAUACUAUAGCAAUGACUGGAACUAAAAGGACUUCUAUUUUGAAUUGGCUUAGUUCAAUUGUUACUGCGUUUAUAAUUGUGUUUGUUAUUGUUGUUGGAUUUGUUCAUGGCAAGGCCUCUAAUCUGGCGCCAUUCUUUCCUUAUGGAUCCAAGGGUGUUUUUGAAGCUGCAGCAGUUGUCUACUGGUCUUAUACAGGGUUUGAUAUGGUUGCUACUAUGGCCGAAGAGACGGAGAAGCCAUCCAGAGAUAUACCAAUUGGGCUUGUUGGUUCAAUGUCUGUGAUCACUGUGGUUUACUGCUUGAUGGCUUUGGCACUGACAAUGAUGGUGAAGUAUUCUGAGAUUAAUCCAGAUGCUGCGUAUUCUGUUGCUUUUGCUCAAAUUGGCAUGAAUUGGGCUAAGUACUUGGUGAGUAUUUGUGCUCUUAAGGGAAUGACUACGAGCUUGCUGGUUGGAUCACUCGGACAAGGAAGAUACACCACUCAGAUUGCGAGGUCCCAUAUGAUUCCUCCUUGGUUUGCUUUAGUUCAUCCAAAAACCGGAACGCCCAUCAAUGCUACGCUUUUGGUAACUAUACUUAGCGCCAUUGUAGCAUUUUUCACUAGUUUGGAAGUCCUGUCAAGUGUGUUUUCAUUGAGUACACUCCUUAUUUUCAUGCUUAUGGCUGUUGCUUUACUCGUGAGGCGAUAUUAUGUGAGAGAUGUUACUGGGAAGAAUGAGUUGGUUAAAUUUCUUAUUUGCUUGUCUGUCAUCAUUGGAUCUUCAAUUGGAAUAACUGCUAUCUGGAGUGCAAAUCAAAGCGGAUGGACUGGAUACGUGGUGACAUCCGUACUCUGGUUUGUGGGGACCUUGGGAAUGGCUUUGCUACCGAAGCAACAUAGCCCUAAGGUGUGGGGUGUUCCUUUAGUUCCAUGGCUACCAUCGUUUUCAAUUGCGAUGAAUUUGUUUCUGAUUGGAUCUUUGGGGUUGAUAGCAUUCUGGAGGUUUAUAAUUUGCAGUGCAGUCAUGAUUAUGUACUAUCUGUUAGUUGGAGUCCAUGCAACUUAUGACGUGGCUCACUGUAAGCAGGAAGAAACGAAGAGUGAAGAUGGUGCAGGAAUAUAGUAGUAUGGCAUUGCGAAGGUAAUCAUUUCUUGUAGUUUGGAUGUCUAUGUGAAGAAUCAGUUUCAAUAGUCAAUGAACAAACUCAAAUUCCUAGGAUA